GCAUGAUCUGCUGCAGAUGACGAAUGAGAAAAGCCAGAUUGAGAGGACUGUGAGUGACCUGAACCAGACAAGUCCAGUACUUGAUGUACUCACUGUGGUUGGAAAGGAUCUCUAUGAGGAAAUGCCCCAGGAAAGUCCAGAGAUCACAAAUUCCCUAUCAACAAAUGAAAAUGUUGAACAGGUCAGCAUUACAAAUCAAGUCACCGCAAGUCAGUUGGCUCCAGGUGUCAACAUUGAAACGUGUGUACAACAUCACCUGGUGUGCACAACAGUAUCCUCCUUAGACAAGUGCUUGCAGUGUCUGGGACCUGUAUCCUCCUUCAAAUGGCUUGGCUAUAAAUGCAAAGUUUGUUCACAGGUCUGGCAUAAAUCCUGUAUCCGUCAAAUUCCAAAUGAGCCAAACCUUUCACAAGAGCAACAGUCUGCUGAAUGUUCUGGGGAUCAAUUAUCAUCAGAUCAGUAUAUCAAGAGACUACGUUUAGAACAGGAGCCACAAUCAGAUGAUGAUGAACACUUUUCUGAUGAGGAUUACAUACCAGACACAACAGAUGAAGAAGAUGAAGAUUUAGAUGCAAGGAUGCCCUUUAUGUCUCAUCAGUUGAAAGCCCAACAGCCAGCAAUAUUCAGUGCUACAACAUCAAAUGUGGGAGACACAAGCAUCCCAGUUGUACCUAGUACAUCAAAAUGUUGGCCACCUCUUGAGGAUCAUAUGAGUUCCAGUGCUGUUGAAACGUCCGAUUCAGCAAAUGGUGUCAAACAGUCAUCAAAGGAUAAACCAGAGGGUGAAGAAGAGCUUCAGAGACCAGAAUCAGCGCUUCUGACUAUGAGCUCUAAAAAUUAUUGUUAUGUCUGUGGUAAACCACAAAGCAAAAUUUCACGCCACUUGAAAACGCAUACAACACAUGCUGAAAUAGUUCAUGCAUUUUCCCUCCCUGAGCACUCCAAAGAGCGUAAAAUAUUAUUGGAAAAAAUGAGAAAUAAGGGAAAUUUCCAACAUAACACUGCAGUUUUACAAGAUGGGACAGGGCCACUGAAAGUGAAAAGAAAACCAAAAGUUUCAGAUGUGACAGGAAAGUUCAUUCACUGUAUGUAUUGCCAAGGAUUGUUUAUUCGUAAGGAACUGUGGAGACAUGUCCGCAGAUGCUCCUGCAAGCCAGAAAGUGAAGACUUGGAUAAAGAACCUGGUAGAACCAGGUACUGGGUUUAGCUGCAGCUCAAGAGUCUGCAUCCUGUCAACAGAUCUCAAGUGGAGUGUGGAAGCUCCUUAGUGUCAUGAAACAGGAUGAGGUAGCCUCAGUUGUGCGAAAUGACCUCUCUAUUAUUCAGUUUGCCCAGUCACUCUACAACAGACAUGGACAAGACCCCACAAAGUAUGAAUACAUGCGACAGAAGCUCCGUGAAGUGGGGCGUCUGAUGUUAUGUCUGCGGACAGAAUUUUCUAUACAUAACCUGGAGGAGGCUGUCAAACCUGCUAACUUCCAGAGAGUUGUGCAAGCAGUGAAGAAAGUUUCAGGUUUUGAUGAAGAAAAUCUCUGUUUCCAAACACCAAGCCUUGCGCUGAAAUUGGGACACACACUACGCAAAAUUUGUGACAUCAUCCACUGCCGGGCCCUCAUGGCUGAAGAUGAAGAAUUGAUCAAGUCCACUGAAACAUUCAAGAAACUGCACACCUCCAAAUGGUCAGAGUUAGUGUCUCACAGGGCCCUGAGUACACUGAGCGAUGCAAAGUAUAACAAACCAUCUACAUUACCCUUCACUCAAGAUGUUCAGAUUCUUCACAAGUACCUGGAGAAAACUGCAGAAAGAGCUGUCUGCGACUUGAAUGAGGAGACCACCACCCAGAAUUAUGCUCAGCUUGCAAAAGUUACUCUGGCACAAAUUAUUGUGUUCAAUCGUAGACGAGCUGGAGAGGUUUCAAAAAUGCGCCUCAAAAGUUUUCAGGAGGGAGACACCACAAAGCUUCAUGAAGAUGUUGCCAUGGGGUUGUCAAAGAUUGAACAAAAGCUCUGCAACUAUUUCAGAAGAAUUGAAAUCAUGGGGAAAAGAGGCAGAAAGGUUGCAGUUCUGCUCACACCAAGUGUGGUGGAUGCUCUUUCGCUACUGACCAGUAAAAGAACCGAAUGUGGCGUUAGUGCCACAAAUGUCUUCCUGUUUGCAAGACCCAAGUCAAUGACCUACUACAGAGGACAGGACUGUUUGCGUAUUCAUGCAAACCAGUGUGGAGCAAAGCACCCUGAGCACCUCAGGUCCACACAACUCAGGAAACAUGUUGCCACACUUUCACAAGUCCUCAAUCUAAAAAACAACGAACUUGAUCAAGUUGCAGACUUUCUGGGUCAUGACAUCCGUGUUCACAGAGAUUUCUACAGAUUACCAGUUCCCACCACACAGCUGGCCAAGGUUUCCAAACUGCUUCUGUCAAUGGAAAAAGGACGUCUUUCUGGUCUGCAAGGGAAAUCCCUGGAUGAGAUUGAACUUGAAGAUGAAAUUGCGUUAAGUGAUGCUGGGGCCCAGGAUAGUGAGAGCGAGUCAGAUGACAACGGCACAGCAUUCACAUCAGAGUGUGGAAAUAGUGAGCCUGUGGACGCUGCAUCAGUCUCUGCAUUAGCAGAGGAGGCUCAUGGCACUGAAGGUUUUGGACUGGCAUCAUCGGUGUCAUCCACGGUGGAUGAGACCACCCUAUCCCCUGAAGGAAAAGAUGCUGGUCAAGAACGGGAUUCCAGAAGAGUAUCAAAGAGAAUGUGGUCUAAGGCUGAGGUUGCUGCAGUAAUGCGACAUUUCAGAGAUCACAUAUCUAAAGGAAAAUUGGCCACCAAAAAUGAAUGCAGUCACUGCAAGCUGGUAGAAGACCCUGUGUUAGCCCAGAGAACAGUGCAAAAUAUCAGGGACUUUGUGAGAAACCGAGGAACAGCUGCAAAGAGACAGGCACAGAAGCAAAAGCUUUAGGUUCAUUUGCAGUUAUUGUCUUGUGUUGUAAUGAUGCUGUUACCUUAAUAUAUUUCAUAACAGCUCCAAUUUAAUGCACUUGUUUUAUUUGUGUCCACACACUUUUUCAUACAUUUUUGUAUUUUAACUGUUGUGUGUUUUAAGUUGUGUAGACAGCUGUUAAAGUGCAAAUUUACUUUUUUUGGAUAUUAAACCAACUGUUCCAUUAA